GGUCUGGUAUCUUAUGCAUACACUUGUACGUAAACAACACAAUGCGCGCACGGCCCAUGCACACAACAACAGUGUUCGUUAGGAUACUCCGUGGUGGAAUGUAUGUGGAAUGACGGUCGUAUUUUGGAAAAUAAAGAUUUCUUUCACACUGUGUUUGGGAUGAUUCUGUUCCUUGCUCUGUGAUUGGAGUACCUACUGUCGUAUGGUAAGCAUCAUUGGAUUAGUAUGAACUGAAGAACUUGGCAGUGAGAGCACUUCAUUGAAUGGAAGCUUGAUGGAUGGAUGCGUACAUUGUACAUACACGCACUGUGCUAAAUUUGGCAGUAGGCAAUGAUGCUUGAAGAGCUUUCAUCACAACAUUUUGAGUUGAUCUACCCACACUGACAUAUUGUGGAUCUACGUCUACAGUGCAACACAAAGAGUGCAGUAGUAGCAUGACUCAUGCGAUAUUCCAUCAGGUCACCACCUCCAGUGUUUGGAAAUACUGACGUCUUGGAGUUCAUCGUUAUGGCCGAGUGACAAGAUCUUGGGUUUACUCCUCAGUGUGAACAGUUUGGAUUGAGCUAGGGUUCACCAGCUAUCCAGGUCCUCCUUCCUUGCAUGGAUACAUUUCAGUGGCAGCAUCCUCAACCCUCGCCAUGACUACCGCAUCCCGCUGGUUCCGUGACGGCCUCCGCCCGGCCAACGCCCUGUGCCUUUUGACCUUUGCCCUGCUUGUGAUCUCCGCCCUGGGGUCACUUGGGGUGGCUGACGCCUGCCCCUCCAGCUGCACCUGUAGUCUGGUGAGCCGUAAGGGAGGUCGAGAGGGGCGCAGUCGUGAAGGUAGGCGGUCGAGCCGUAGGGAGGUGGUCUGCAGUGGGCGGGGACUGACAGUGCCCAUUGAUCCAUCGACCGUUCCAGGGGACACAGUACAUUUGGAUCUGAGUAACAACCAGAUCACAUCGUUACGUCAGAACGCCUUUUCUGGGCUGUCUUCGCUUCUUCAGUUGAACUUAAGCGGGAACCGCAUCUCCUACAUCGAGCCGAAAAGCUUUGAUGGCUUGGACCAACUUGAGAAGCUGGACCUGUCCAGAAAUCGACUUGGGAGCGUCAACAACAGCAUGUUUGUGGGCCUGGGUAGUCUAGAAGACUUGAAUAUCUCAUUCAACCAGAUUUCCACCAUUGCAGCUGCAACUUUCGACAGGGUUCAAGAAAUAGUUUACCUCGACUUUGCCUCGGACUAUCUGGUCUGCGAUUGCCAACUCAAGUGGAUCGUGCGAUGGAUGAAGGACAACAAAGUGCGCGUAGCCGACACAACGACGUGCGCCUUCCCCCAGUCCAUGCGGGGGGAAAAAGUCAGGCAACUCAAGAGAAAGGAAUUGCACUGUGACUGGCCGUUAGAACUCCCCAUGUUCGAACUGGAGCCAGAAAACAGCCAGGUCGUCUUCAAGGGCGACACCAUCCCCAUCGAGUGCCAGGCCACGUAUCUAGAGGGCGCCAACGAGCGCAUCCAGUGGUUCAAGAACGGCCGACCGAUCCAGACCAACCUGACGGAGGGCAUCAACAUCACCACGGCCGUGCUGCGGGACCAGGCGCGCAUCCGCAGCACGCUGCUGCUCUACAAGAUCCAGAUGGACAGCACCAGUGUGUGGGACAUCGAGUGCCGGGUUACCACCUCGCGGGGCAACAAGAACAAGCACGUCACCGUCAUCAUCCUGGACAACAACGACACCAAGUACUGCCCGGCGACGGUCACGCAAGACAACCGAGGAACUUUCAACUGGCCGCGGACCAUCUCCGGCAUCGGCGAGACCAUCGCCUGCCCCCACGGUGCGGGGACCAGUCACAUGGGCUCCCCCACCCCAGCCGUGGCGACCAGGAAGUGCAACCUGAACGGAGUCUGGGCGUACCAGGAUACCAGCCGGUGCGAAUAUGCUAAUGAGCUGACGCGACGCCUUGAGUCGGCCUCCCUGAUGAGUUACGGCAACUCAACCAUGGCCCUACCCAUUGGCAGAGAGAUAGAGAGCAGCACAUCAGACCCGUCAGCAAUCAGAGAUAAGAUGGACAUUGUCUUCAUUGCUCAAACGUUGGAGAAGUUCAGCACGCUGAGAAACAAAGAGUUGGGCCGGGUAAUGAUUGACAUAGCCAGCAACCUGAUGGAAGUCAGCCCAGACGUUCUGAAGGAGAGCCAGUCCUACACGGACGAACAGUCUUGUAGCAAGAUCAUACAGUCCCUGGAGAGGCUUGCCGAGGAGGUUCCCCGCGACCGUGGCCAGGUCUUCAAUCACAAGGCGGCCAACAUCGCCAUGGAAGUCUUCAACUUUGACACGGACACGUUCUCCGGCAUGGCCUGUGCCUCGUUUACGACACCAAAUCCGACAGAUCCGCAGGAGGCGGGGCUUCAAGACUUCAGGUGCUUCAUGGGAAAUACGAACGCCACCAGCGUGCGACUGAAACAGUCCAAAGCGAUGGUGGAAGCCUCCAUUCAACUCCCCGGUUCCGUGGUUACCAAGGUGAUGGAGGACUACUUCAAGCUCCAGUUUUUCGUCUACAAGAACAGCCGGCUCUUCCCGAGCGUCACCAACUCCUCUGCCACAGCGGAGGACCGGGGAAGGAGGCGGGUGACCAGCCAGGUCAUAUCCAGUAAGAUUGCUGGUUCCAGCGUUCGCAAUAUCAGCAGCCCCAUCAUCCUCAACUUCAGAACGCCAGGCAAGGGUCGCGACCCAGUCCCUGGAUACUGGGAUUUUGACCUACUUUCCAAGGGAGCAUGGAGGAGCCACGGAUGUACCAUCAUGAAGCAGAGCGGCAACACGACCACAGUGCAUUGCAAUCAUCUGACCAACUUUGCCCUACUCAUGGAUGUGACUUCCCCCGGUAUGAUUAACUCCGCUUCCGGUAUUGACCUGCUGCAUCCCGCCAUCUACAUAGGCAGUCUCAUCUUUGUGGUCUUUGUCUUCAUGACAAUGGUCAGCUACAUCUGCUUCAACAGUAACAUCCGACUCAAGCGCAAGUGUCGCCACUCCCUGAUGAACAUGUGCUUCGGCUUCCUGAACCUGGUCAUGUUCUUCGCUGGCGGCAUCAACCGCACCGACCCGCCGGUACUCUGCCGCAUCGUGGGCAUUGGGAUCCACUACUUCAGCAUCUGUUGCUUGCUGUGGAUCGGCAUCGGGGUGCGGAACCUGUACAAGGGACUGACAAGGAAGGAACGUACCUUACCCCCCGGGGAGGCACCCCCACCCCCACGGCCCAUCCUCCGAUUCUACUUCGUGGGAUGGGGUAUUCCGAUGAUCGUCGUGGGCAUCACAGCGGCAGCCGCGGCAAAUAUCGGCAACUACGGCGGAGAACAAAUUUGUUGGAUGGACUUCAACAUCAGCCUGGCCGCAUGCUUUGGAGUGGCCGGCCUCUUUGUUCUAGUCACCUGCAUCAUGUUCGUGGUCAUCGCGGUGCGAGUAGGCUGCAAACCCUCUGAGGAGUCCAAGGCAAGCCGACCGAGCACGGAGCCGGACCCGCAGAUUAACGUGGACAGCGAGUCAGUGGUGACACACAGGACGGGGUUGUCUAAUGUGUCCAGUAUUCUUGAUGGGGAGUAUACCAACCUUAGGCAACUCCAGGCUUCCGUAGUUCUCCUGUUUGGUUUCAUGGCUACCUGGACACUUGCUGCUAUGGCCAUCACGCAGAAGGGCUUUCUCGCCAUGCUGUUCAGUUAUUUGUACGGUGCGGCUAUCGCUUUGCUUGGCUUGUUCAUCUUCCUGUACAACUGUAUUCUGCGGGGAGAUGUCAUGUAUAAUUGGAGGCGGACGUGCGGUUGUACCAAAUCACGGAAUGCGUACGCAGUCGCGCUGUCCAGCUCGCACCCAGGCUCGCAGGCAGGGUCGCAGGUCAUCCCGCCUGGCAACGGCCAUGUGGUCCAGCGCUGCCAGUCGGCAAGCAGCGUGGAUUCCAAUGCCACCAACCGGUCGGCCAACACCAACCAAUCCAACCACUCGCUGAAGUCGGGCUCACGCAAGACCUCCAAGUGCAACUACGUUCCCUCACACACCAACACGGGCACGGACGCCUCCAUCGACAGCAGUACGCAGGACACGGUCACCCGGCCGCACAUGUACGAGAAAGUCCGGGGGAACGGGUACGCGCACAGGUACCACCACAAGGGGCGGACUCGACCCAAGGGGUAUAAGCACUCGCGGUAUUCGCAGAUCGCGAGGGACACGUCAGAUGCGGGGGCAGGGCCGGAAGUCAGCAAUGCUUUACAACCGACGGGCUACGCAGACAGUGUGUCGAGUGGUUCAGUCAUGGCCCGAGUGCCCCAAGUGGCCACAAACUGCAUCGGACUCCAGCCGCAAGCUGUCAGCGUGAGUAGUAUGCAUAGCAUGCCCUCUGGCUCUGCGGCCGUGCAACCAGCAAGACCCCCGUGGCCGAUGGGAAAAGCACCCGAGUUACACAAAUUGCAUCCAAAGAGCUUGCCUGUGGUAGCAGCUCACAACAGCAACACCAGCAUCAGCAAGAACCUGCCUGCCAAUUCUCAACAUGCCCCCCACGUCAUGCCCUUGGACCGACAAGAGGGGGCGGUGCUCAAACGGCGAUCCUCGCGCGAGGACUCACGCCGGUCCUCCGGCAAGAACAAGGCUGCCAAAAGCAGCAAAGAAAUGGAGGAAAAUGCCCUCCAGAGGGAGGAAGUACCAUUGCUGGAAAACCGUCCCUCUGUGUCGGAGCCGCCAAGCUACGAUGAAGUGACCGCUGCCAAACCAUUGGACAGUCAGGUCGCCGAGGGACCACUCGAGAACAAAGACAUUGAGGAGGUGCCGGUGUUCGAUGGAGCGGCCGUAGAAAUGGACUCCCUGAGCCAAACUGGGCAAAGUGACAAGGACGGCUCGGACAAGGACGGCUCGGACAAGAGAGAAACUAGUGUAUAGCAGUAGUGUGAAGAAGCCUUAACAUAUCUUUCAACUUUUUAAAAUUGCUUGUUAUAUGCACUUUAACAUAACUGUUGAUAGUAAUAAUAGAAUAGUCAGUACUGCUCUCUACCAACUGGAACUUCAUCGAGCCACAUCAGGAAUGCAGUGAGUUCCCUCUUUAAGAUUAAAUCGUCCCACAAUAGACUCUUUGUCAUCCCAGCUCACUCUGACAAGGUUUCGACCGAAAUUUCACUGAAAGGGUUGCCUAUUCAUGCUAUUAAAAUAAUUUGGGUGGCUGUAAUAUUCCCUUGCACUGAUUUUUCAUUGUAUUUGCAGAUAAAUCUUUUUUUUUUUUUUUUUUUUUACAAAACAGGGUGUUUGGCCCAAGCCAUUAUUUGGAACAUCUGUUUCAGUUGAAUAGGAAGACAUGUGGUUAACACAGCGCAUUUUUGGCAUGAGAAUAUAUUUGGAGACAAUUGUACUCUUCACCACACACUAUUUCAAACCAUGACUUGUAAAAUGAUGUAGAUUUCUCCGUCCAGCAAACUGCCAGAUUUCCCCUAGUGUUGAAUGCACAAAAUAUAGUAAUAAAAUAAUAAUAAUUGUAAUGCUUACCUGUAAAUAGCGCUUUCCAUCGUAUCAACAAUCUCAAAGCGCUGUACAAUUAUUACCCCGUUCAUCGGGCCACGGGACCACGGGGCAGCCGAUUUCAGCGCACAAUCGGUCCUCUACCCUCACAGGUAACCAUUCAUACUGGUGGAGAGAGGCAAUUGUAGUUAAGUGUCUUGCCCAAGGACAUAAACACCGUGAAGUAGUCGUCCUGUUCUUCUUUUUCCUCAUCACAACAAUGUUGUACUCUCUUGCUAAAUUCUUAUGGUAUUAUUUGUUUUACUAUACCUCGUACUCCCCAAAAUAUUGUCUUGGCAAAGUGUUACUGUGCGCGUGCCACCAUCUUUAUGUCGCUAGGGUAUCUUUAUGUCGCUAGUAUGUUGCUAGGGCAUGUAGGGCGACAUAAAGAUACCCCCGUGCAUGGUAGUUCCAUGAUUGCUUCCUACAGCGUAUGGAGUCUAGCGUGUGGUUGCGACAGUCUACUAUGCACGCAUGCAUAUUUACACUGUGCGCAAAUCCUCGGAUGCGAGCUUGGUAAGCAGCAAAACUACAGGCAAACAUGUGAUGGUGAAUGGACCAGUGAGAAGUCGGCUCUCGAUCAUGAAUAUGUAUGAGACAUACAUGUAGUAAUAUUUUUGGGGCCCCUUCUGAAAUCCAUAUCGGUUUUUUUUGUAUUCAGUUAGUUUGUUAUACAUAUACUUCAGGGAUGCUUCUUUUGUCAAAGAGAUGUUUAUUUUCUUUAUUUUUUUUUUUAACUUUUCACAGUUUCUUGGUCCACAUAAAAAAAGAAAGGCCUCAACUAUUUGGAGUUUUUUUUCAACUGUUUAUUGUACUUAAAUUAUCGUUUUUCUACAAACAGCCCUUAGGAAUGUCUACUUGUACAUAAUGCAGUGCUUUUAUUGGACAUUGUAAAUAGCCAUUCAAAUUAUUGUCUGUCAAAGUUUUUAAUGUAUCGGAUGGUCUUUUCUAUAGUGUGUAUUCACAGUGUAUGUAUUCACAGUUCACAGUACAAGAUGUGUUUUUAUGCACGCACGUCUUUUAACCAAAAGAGACUAUUUUUUCUUCCAGAUAUUGAAAUAUUUCUGGUGGGCUCUUGAAAUGAAAAGAAACAAAACGGAACAAAAUACAAAAUGUACUUGAAAUCAAAAGGGGAAUGAAAUCUGUACUAAAAUUAUGAAACAGGUCAACAUGUUGACAUUAAAUGUAUACAGGUUUAUGGCUUCUGACUAGCGCCCCUUGAACAAAGACAUCGACAAAAUGGGGAACCGCCAACAUAGGGCUGGUUAGCUCAGUUGGUAGAGCACUGGAAAGGUAAUCAGGAGGUCGCAGGUUCAAACCCCGCUCCAGUCAACUUCUUAGUUCAACUUUAAAAAGGAAUCUUUUAAAAGGCGUAAACAUUUGGGCGACAAAGAGUUGUCAAUUGUACUCUGUGUUGCAUUCUUGUGUAUGUUGCGUCAGUACAUGUAUUCAGAUUAAAUCAUUGAUCAGUAAUUAAAGAAAAAUCUGUACUAAAAUCAUGGUACAUGUAAGUAUUACAUUUUUUUCAAAAUGACUUUUGUAUACAUAUUUAUGACAUGUAUACAUGUAUGAUUAGGCUCUUUAUAUAUUUAAUUGCAUUGAAUUGUAUCAUAGUUUGAAUCGUAAUAAUGACCAAUGUACUAGUUGUACUGAUUUUUGUAAUUUAUAGAAAUAGAAGUGGUAACUACUUCCACUAGUUUUUAAUAAGUUAAAGAAAAAGGAACAACACGAACCAACUUCACAAAUUUCAAGGACUGGUAAAAUAUUUUAAAUUUGGUCCGACUGGAUCUUCCAAAUGUGGAUGUGUAUGGUAAAGGCUCCGUGCACAAGUACCCCCUCAAUGGUAAGAAAGGGAGAGUUGGGGGAGACCACUUGGAGAGACAUUGAAACAAAUUGCUGAUGUCGCCGGACGCUCACGCGAAGACGCUAUGGCUUUGCGCACAUUCAGAAUAAAAUAGUUGUGUGUACUUUGCACCAUAUGCACGCAAACCAGUACGCACAGUGGUCAUUGAUCUCCAUUAAUAAGACUGGAUAGGACUCGGCUCCCUCCAUCUUGCGCAUGCACGUGCAGUCAUCGGUGAGGGUUGGAAAGUUUGACAUGCGUUUGUCACACACAGACCAUGCAGCACGCGCACGUCACGCAUGCGCAGUCGCUAACGUUAAACCCGCAAUGUACUACCCAGCUGUUCGUUUGCGUUUUCCGAAUCUUCACUGGGCGCAAGUAUACGCGUGUCCUAUCCAGUCUUACUAAUGGAGAUCAAUGACAGUGGUCACAAAGCGCUCUCUGUUGUUCGUUAAGAUCGUUGUUUUCCAGAAUACCUUUAAAGGUAUUCAUCACUCAUAUAUUGGACAUGUUUUUUUUAUAAAGUUCUAUUUUUGUCGGAACCAUUGAUACCAAAUAUUAAGUGCAAAUAAAUUGCAAGUCCCAGAAUGUUUUUUUUUUUUUUUAAAUUGGGAAUUCAAAAUACAGUAUUCGUCAUCGGAGAUCAUGGGUUUUAAAAUUCUUUUGUAAUCGCAAAAUUUGAUGCUUGUUCUGUCAGUGCGACACGCCAUAAAAAAAUUCAUCGCAUUAAAAAGUGUUCUGUA